AAUUAAAGAAAGAAAGCUACAGCGAGAGAGUGCAAAUUAAGAGAUCGUUCCUUUAAUUUUUUGGGGUCAACUGUAGCGCCCGCAAAUUAAGGAUCGGAGAGAGUUUAGCAUAUGGCUUCAUCAGGUGGUGGUGGUGGUGGUGUUCCGCCGGGGUUUAGGUUUCAUCCAACAGACGAAGAGCUUCUUCAUUACUACUUGAAAAAGAAACUUUCAUUUCAUAAGUUCGAUAUGGAGGUAAUCAGAGAAGUCGACUUGAAUAAGAUGGAGCCCUGGGAAUUGCAAGAGAGGUGCAAGAUUGGAUCAACACCGCAGAAUGAGUGGUACUUUUUCAGCCACAAGGAUAGGAAAUAUCCCACAGGUUCAAGAACAAACCGAGCAACAAAUGCUGGAUUUUGGAAGGCAACAGGCAGGGACAAAUGCAUAAGAAACCCAUUGAAGAAGAUUGGUAUGAGGAAAACCCUAGUGUUUUACCGAGGAAGAGCUCCACAUGGCCAAAAGACUGAUUGGAUCAUGCAUGAGUAUAGGCUUGAAGAUUCCGACGAAAAUUCAAGUGAGGAUGGGUGGGUGAUAUGUAGGGUUUUCAAGAAGAAGAACCUAUUCAAAGUAAUUGCAAAUGAAGGUACAACUGACACAGGCUCAGAUCAUCUACUAAACAGCAGCACCUCAAUCCACCAACCUCGAACAACCUUCACACACAAAGAUAGCCCAUAUCUACUACAACAACACCAACAACAUGGCCAUGACCAUGGCUUAAACUAUUCCCAUAUUCCUACUACAGUUGCUGCUACUUUUCCACACGAGUAUAAUUCACACAAUAAUAAUAUUCAAUUAGCACAAAACUUCAUGUCAUUGGGAUAUCAUCAUGACUUCUCAUCUGGCCCUCUUCCUACUUCUCAGCAGUCUGCACCUUGUGAGUCUGGUUUGGAGGUAGCUAGUUCUCAUCAGAAUAUGAAUAAUGAUCAGUGGGGAAUUAUUAGUGAGGAUGCAAAUGUUGCAUCAUCUUCUAUGAAUCAAAUCAAUCACCUUCCGUUGCGUGGAGAGAUGGACUUUUGGAGUUAUGGAAAGUAAUUAAUUAAACGACUUAUAUGUAUACACAAUUGUUUGUAUUAUUCCUAAAUGGAUUACUAGUGUUACUAUACAGUUAGUUUCGUUAAUUAGCUCUAAACUAUGUAUAGAUAUUGAAGAAACAGCACACUUAAUUAAUUACUUGUUGGUGUACUAUAUAU